AUGCCGCCCCUGAAGCUGCAUGCCCAUAUGCGAGAAAGUCUGGGCAUUGACGAUAUCUACGGCGUGGCCCACAUUCUGGACCAAGGCGAGAAGUGUACUCAGUUGAAGUAGCGUUCUUACACCUUAGGCUAAUGGGUUUGAAACCUUCCGCUGGUCAUCUCACAGCAAUUGCCAAAGAAUUUUAGACUAAUUCUCCGAAGCUUAUUCAAGAGAUAUUAGUCUUUGCACAGUAAGAAAGCUUUUCUGCACAGCACAGUCAUAGCAGUCAAUCGUAUUCUAUUUCUCUGAUAGCAUAUCGGAACCACAGUCAGUAGUUCAUGCCACUCUUCAGUUACAUUACAAUCACGGAAAUGGUGCUCGAGAAAACCAAGUUUAUCAAGAACACAAUCACAGUCGUAUUGAACAUACAAAGGGACAUGUGUACAUUCAAGAACAUAUUCAAUAA